AUGGAGAGGAACGGUGCUGCCCUUCCCCAGGCAGUGGACCCCACACACCACUUCCACAUAGCACUGCUGGAUCAGAGACGGAGGCUGCGUGGUCAAAUUGCUCACCUUCACAAGGCAGCUCAUAAAAUAAACAAGCUCCGCAAAAGGUCCCUGAUUGCCAACAUCAGCGGGAGCUCGCUGACUGCCGCGGGAGCAGUCACAGCCAUCGUGGGGCUGUCCCUGAGCCCGGCUACACUGGGAGCCUCCCUCCUGGCAUCGGCUGUGGGUUUGGGCCUAGCCACUGCUGGGGGGGCUGUCAAUAUCACCUCCGAUCUCUCCUUGGUGCUCUGCAAUUCCCGGGAGGUGAGAAAGGUGCAGGAAAUUGCAGCGACUUGUCGGAAACAGAUGAGGGAAAUCCUCGGCUGCCUGGAAUUCCUCCGCCGGGGGCAGGGCCCAGGGGACCCCACACUGCUCCAGUCAGAGAAGAGGGCCUCCAUCUCGCUGUACAACUCCGUCUGCUUCUUGGUCUUCUGCGGCUCCCACAGCUUCCUUGUGCCAGAAUACACAAAGGAGGUCACAAAAGUGAGCCAGGCCGUGCUGAAGGCCAAAAUCCAGAAGCUGGCUGCCAACCUUGAGACCUGUACCAGGGCAAUGGACGAAGUCUGUGAACUCCUUGAGUCCAGGACACAGCUUUCCCCACGAAUGAGGAAACAGCCUGGGUGCUAA